ACUGAAUCCGCUCCUGCAUUUUCAGCAAUAACGGUUCUGCCAAAUCGGCCAGAACCAUGCCCAGAAGUAUAUGCAGAGUAUAAAAGCUAGUCAUCGUCCUACAGCGUCUACCCAUUCUCAGAGAUAUCAUUCGAGAACCCCCUCAAGAUUCUAUAUCGCCUCGCACAGAAAAUGCGUUUAUCGUUCCUCACCGUCGUUGUUCUUGCUUUGACAUCAUCGACAUUAUCUAAAAAGCUGCCCCCGCCUAAAAAAGUGUGUGGUCAUCUCGGAGACCUCUGCACGAUAGAUAUAGAUUGCUGCGAUAACCUCUGGUGUAGGCCUGAUGUGAGUAUGAGCGCAGGUCGCUGUGCAACCAAGAAUCAAUCACAUGACUCACCCGCAUGCCUUAGGAUGCAGGAUACAUGAUCUGCUCAGGGUAAGCUGAAAGCCCAAGCGGCACAUCGCCACAUUCGAAGAUCAUUGGUUUGGAUAAGAAAUCCGAAAACGGAGCCUCCUACCUCGAGCUGGAUCUAGUUAGUGCACACUGUUAGUUCGUAAUACACUGCCAAUGCAUAUUCGGAUACCCA